AGCGGAAGGCGCUUCGGGAAACGGAAAAGCCCUGAGCCGGUUCCCAGGCCGGGCAAAGACCGGCACUGGGGUCUCUUGGGAAGGUUGGGGGAUUGCCUUCUUCUGAAUGCUGCCACCAUCUCCCAGGACCGCAGAGCUGGGACUUCGCUACGCCGCAGCCCCCUGCUUGGGGUAGGAUCCUGGGACACCAGAACAUACAUAUCUUCGGGCAAUUGAUUGUGCCCUGCACUAGAGAAAAGUCUGGGAAUGAUAUAUUCUUGGGCUGUAUUUCUCUGCCCUGGAAUUCAUACAGUUCCUUCCAGAAACGCUGACCCUCUGCUUACUCUGACACAUCCUCAGUGAAGAUCUGAUGGACAGACCCUUUCUGGUGAUCUUGUGGCUUUCUUCUUUCAUGUGGAAGUUGGAAGAUAAGGUGAAAGGGGCCAAAAGUUAUCUGCUUUGGUGAAUACAAGUGCUCCACAUGGUUCUCAGAACAUGGGCCCUCGUUUAAAGCUGCAGCUGUGAUCCUCGGCUGUCUGUCGGCAUUGAAGGGACCUGAUGUUUUACGUUAUUGGUGGAAUCACAGUAUCUGUGGUUGCAUUCUUCUUCACAAUUAAGUUCCUCUUUGAGCUUGCCGCACGUGUAGUCAGCUUCCUCCAGAAUGAGGACCGUGAGCGCCGAGGGGACCGGACUAUUUAUGACUACGUGCGGGGAAAUUACCUGGAUCCCCGGUCUUGCAAAGUCUACUGGGAUUGGAAGGACCCCUAUGAGGUGGGCCACAGCAUGGCCUUCCGAGUGCAUUUAUUCUAUAAGAAUGGGCAGCCUUUCCCUGCACAUCGGCCUGUGGGACUAAGAGUUCACAUCUCUCAUGUUGAGCUAGCAGUGGAGAUUCCAGUAACUCAGGAAGUCCUUCAGGAGCCCAAUUCCAAUGUGGUAAAGGUGGCCUUCACUGUGCGCAAGGCUGGGCGUUACGAAAUCACAGUGAAGCUUGGUGGAUUAAAUGUGGCCUAUAGUCCUUACUACAAAAUUUUUCAGCCUGGAAUGGUGGUUCCUUCCAAGACCAAAAUUGUGUGCCAUUUUUCUACUCUUGUGUUGACCUGUGGGCAGCCACACACCCUUCAAAUAGUGCCCCGAGAUGAGUAUGACAACCCUACCAACAAUUCCACAUCUUUGAGAGAUGAGCACAAUUACAGUUUGUCCAUUCAUGAGCUCGGCCCUCAAGAAGAAGAGAGUACUGAUGUUUCAUUUGAGAAGUCAGUGACAUCCAACAGGCAGACUUGCCAGGUGUUCUUGCGACUCACCCUGCAUUCUCGUGGUUGCUUUCGUGCCUGCAUUUCAUACCAAAAUCAGCCAAUCAAUAAUGGCGAGUUUGACAUUAUUGUCCUAAGUGAGAACGAGAGGAAUAUUGUCGAACGCAACGUGUCCACCUCAGGUGUGAGCAUUUACUUUGAGGCUUAUCUUUAUAAUGCUACCAACUGUACCAGCACUCCGUGGCACCUUCCACCCAUGCACAUGAGCUCUUCCCAGCGCCGGCCCUCCACUGCUAUUGAAGAGGAAGAUGAAGACUCACCCUCUGAGUGCCACACCCCCGAGAAAGUAAAGAAACCGAAGAAGGUGUACUGCUAUGUGUCACCAAAGCAAUUCUCAGUGAAGGAGUUCUACCUGAAAAUCAUUCCCUGGCGCCUUUACACCUUCCGAGUGUGCCCAGGAACAAAAUUUUCAUACCUUGGCCCUGACCCUGUCCAUAAGCUGCUCACACUGGUGGUAGAUGAUGGCAUUCAGCCUCCUGUGGAGCUCAGCUGUAAGGAGAGGAACAUUCUAGCCGCCACUUUCAUCCGCUCCCUGCAUAAGAACAUAGGAGGCUCUGAGACCUUUCAGGACAAGGUGAACUUUUUCCAGCGAGAGCUUCGGCAGGUACAUAUGAAAAGACCACAUUCCAAAGUCACCCUGAAGGUCAGCAGACACGCCUUAUUGGAAUCGUCUCUGAAAGCCACUCGGAAUUUCUCUAUCUCAGAUUGGAGCAAGAACUUUGAAGUGGUUUUCCAGGAUGAAGAAGCUCUGGACUGGGGAGGGCCUCGCCGGGAAUGGUUUGACCUAAUCAGCAAAGCCCUAUUUGACACCACCAAUCAGCUUUUCACCCGGUUCAGUGACAACAACCAAGCAUUAGUGCAUCCCAACCCUAAUCGCCCAGCUCAUCUGCGUCUGAAGAUGUAUGAGUUUGCAGGGCGGCUCGUGGGCAAGUGUCUUUAUGAGUCCUCUCUUGGAGGAGCCUACAAGCAGUUGGUCCGAGCUCGCUUCACCCGUUCUUUCCUGGCCCAAAUCAUAGGACUACGUAUGCAUUACAAGUACUUUGAAACAGAUGACCCAGAAUUCUACAAAUCUAAAGUUUGCUUUAUCCUCAACAAUGACAUGAGUGAGAUGGAGCUGGUAUUUGCAGAAGAGAAAUAUAACAAAUCAGGUCAAUUAGAUAAGGUUGUAGAACUCAUGACAGGUGGAGCCCAAACCCCAGUAACCAAUGCAAAUAAAAUCUUCUACUUAAAUUUGCUGGCCCAAUAUCGGCUGGCUAGUCAAGUGAAAGAGGAAGUGGAACAUUUCCUAAAAGGCCUGAAUGAGUUGGUCCCUGAGAACCUUUUGGCUAUUUUUGAUGAGAAUGAACUUGAGCUGCUGAUGUGUGGGACUGGAGACAUCAGUGUGUCUGACUUCAAAGCCCAUGCAGUAGUUGUUGGUGGCUCAUGGCAUUUCAGAGAAAAGGUCAUGAGGUGGUUUUGGACUGUGGUUUCCAGUUUGACCCAGGAAGAGUUGGCUCGGCUACUUCAGUUCACAACAGGCUCCUCUCAGCUACCACCUGGAGGCUUUGCUGCCCUCUGUCCCUCAUUUCAGAUUAUUGCUGCUCCAACCCAUAGCACGCUACCUACUGCACACACAUGUUUUAACCAGCUGUGCCUCCCUACGUAUGACUCCUAUGAAGAGGUGCACAGGAUGCUGCAGCUGGCCAUCAGCGAGGGUUGUGAGGGCUUUGGCAUGCUCUGACCACUCUCCUGCCAUCUCCUUGGCUCUCAGGCUCUCUGGAGCAUCCAAGCACACAUUACAGACAUCGUAACUACUGAUCCUAACACACAUAACCAUCAGCCAGAAGAUGCCGCAUGCUCCCCUGUGUCUGGAGUAUUUUGUCACCUACAAGCCUUGUCCUUACCUCACCCCCAGCCUGCCCAUGUCUGCCACAGGCCACUUUGGCAUGGUAUGUAAGCUGAGUUCUCCGUUCUGUCGUAAGAAGAGGACUGCACUGCUGUCAUUUCAUUUGGUCAUUUGAAGAACUCAGUAGCUGAGGGAAGCUGGUGUGCAGAAGCCUUAAAUCCACACCUUGCUCCACCUCCCUCUGCAGAUGCUUCUUGGAGGUGCCCUCUUUGGCCCUCACUACUUGACCAGACUGGUACCUGAGUCUUUUUCGUGGGUGGGAUCAUUGCCUCUUCUAGUCAGGAGCCAGGAGAGGCACAGAUAGGAAGUGGCCCACCUGAGCAAUCUUUGGUUUUGUCCCCCUUCACAAUGGCAGGCACAGGCCAUGGCACUGGACUACCUCUAAUGAGGACUGAUAGCACAAAAGGAUCUUUUUUUGUGGUGUCAGAACUAGAAACAGCACUUUCCCUUCAGGCAUUUCUGGAAGCGAUUAUUAAUCCAUAAAGAAGAACUCUCUAAGCUUUUUCUUGAAUUUCAGCCAGUGAGAAAAGCAGAUAGACUGAAGAAUGUGAAGGAUAGCUGAGCGGUAGCCUCCAGCGCUUAAUAUGAUUCUCCUUUAGGGUUGUGGGGCAUGUCUAGGCACAUGACUACUGAGGCUUUUCCCUGAGUUUGUUCUUUUGGCUGAGGUGUGGCUGGGCAGGGCCACUGACCCCUAAGUUAGGUAGUCUACUAAGAGCUGGGGAUUCUUUAGAGUUCUACUCAAGAAAAUUUUGUAGCAAAGGAUGGAACAGUAAGAAUAGCAUGCCAGCAGUCCCUGGUUUUCUCUGUGCUUGGUGUUCUGUGUUAGCAUAACAAGAAAGGAACGGGGUUUGGGAGUUUAAGUGCUUAUCACAGGUCCCUGGGGUCAGGAUACUGGGGACAGACAUGGAGUAGAUAAAUAGGUUGGGCAGUAAAUGCCUAGUAAUCCCCAGUACUUCCCUUCGCUCCUUCGGUUACCAGGAAGGAGAACUAAGGAGGGAGGAAGCUAUAUUUGCUUCACUGUUGAGUGAUGAUUGAAGAGUACCUGCUGCUGUCUCUUGGAAGAUGACAACACCGUUUUUCAUUACUGUUUCAGUGAAAACAAUUUCAAGCCUCAGAAUCUCAUCAACUUCCCAGAUUUCUGUUUUUAAGAAGGCUUUGUUGCAAGCUACCAUUCCCGAUGGGGCACUCAAUUCUGAGAAUAUUACAAGCCAUCUUUAUUGCCAAAACCAGCAAGUACACAGAGUCCUGAGACAAGGCAGGACUUGUGGCAAUGCCUUGGCCUCCUGGAAGCAUGUCUGAGCCCUCCUGUUCCCAGGGAUCAUGUGAAACAAGCCCUCCUGAGCUGCUGCAAUUCCUGUCUGACCUCGCUCCUUGCAGUUGUCAUUUGUCCUUUCUUGGCAUGGGUGCUGACCUCUCCUGUCCUUGGGUCCGGGAUCCAGCAGCAGGGCGUCUAUACCCCAGGAUCCUCCAUGCCACAUGGUCACUGCUCUCCUCAGGGACCAGGACAAGGUGCUGCUGCUUUCCCAAAUUUUUUCCCAUGGGAUAUGUACAGGAAAGUUUAGUCAUCACCCUGGGAAACAUGAUGCUGCCCCUUGGGCCCAGAUAGGGGUUUCCAGCUGAGGGCAUGUGGGCUGGUUCUGCUGUUUUUGGCAGUUGUUCCUCAUCUGGAUUCUGCAUUCUUCCCUCUGGCAGCCAUCCAGAGACUGAUGCUAGAGAUUGAGUUGAUUGUCUUGGCUAGAUCUGUCAUUUUAAGCUCUAGUCAUAGCACUUUUUCAGAGCAUCCUAGGCACCAUUGCAGCCCAGCUGGGGCAGCUGCAUCCCUCUGGUGGUCCUUAGACACCAGAAUCUUUGUUAACAAAACCCUUUGGUACU